CAUUUAUGGAUAAUAUUAGUUUGGAUUCUGUUUACGAGGCAGUAAAUGCGCUAAAUGGUCCUGAUCCAUCACGUAAUGGAGCGGCAAUAAAAUGGUUGGAGCAAUUUCAAAAAUCGAUUGAUGCUUGGACGAUUGCAGACAGAAUAUUAAAUGAAGCCCGGUCUUCUGAUGCUUGUCUUUUUGCAGCGCAAACAUUAAGAAAUAAAUUACUUUACCAAAUGCAUGAAUUGCCUUCUGAUUCUUAUGUCGCUUUAAGGGAUUCCCUUUUCAAUAUUGAAACUAAACUCGGUCGGAAUGUCUCUUCUAUUAUCGUUCAGAUUUGUGCUGCACUAUCAGAUUUAUACAUUCAGGUAGUAGAAUGGAGAGGGUUUAUUCCACAAUUGAUUGCUUUGUUUGGAGUUCAAGGGAAUACUCGCAAUCAACAAAUUUUUUUAAAUUUCUUCAAAAUUUUUCCUGAAGAGUUGUACAAUAGAAGAUUAAAAAUUGGGGAGAAUCGAAGACAAGAAAUUGAAUUAGAAAUGGCUGCAGAAACUGUUCAAGUGCUUAAUAUUUUGUCCCAAUUGUGUUCAUCACCUGAUGGCUCGUCUCCUUCUGUCACUCUUACAAAUUGCGUAAAUUGCCUUGCUUCUUGGUUACUAAAUAAACAAUGCCCAACUGAAAUUUUAGCCCAUUCUCCUUUACUUCAUUCUGUAAUUGGUUGUUUAACACAAAACAGCAUUGCUUCUGACCUACAUGAUGCUGCUACAGAAUGUUUAGUUAAUGCUUUUCAAUUAAUAAAUGAUGGAGAUAUUCCACCACAACAAAUUGAACUUGCAAGGAUUUUACAACAAGGAGUUUUACAUACUGGGGAGGCUUUUCGUUCUGCUGUUCGAGAUGAGGAUAGUGAUAAACUUAUUAACUAUACUCGUCUUUAUGCUGAACAUUGUGAAGCAUUUCUUACACAAAUUGCCAAACAUCCGGGUGAUGGAUUUGGAGAUCUACGUGGACUAGAAAUGCUUCAAAUAGUUAAUGAAUAUCAUGAUUAUAAUCUAGUUGAAAUGAGUUUUAAUGUUUGGUAUCGUUUAUCAGAAUAUCUUUACCAGUGUGAUGAACCUGAUUUUGAUGAACUCAGAAUAGCUUUCAAACCUUUUGUUGAAAAGCAUAUUUUGUCACUUUGUCGUCAUUGUAGAAUUGAUUCUGAUUCACAGGAAAUGUUGAGUGAGCGAUCUGAAUUAGCUGAAUUUAGAUAUAGAGCACAAGAAAGUGUUCGGGACGUUACAUUUAUAAUUGGAUCAGUGGAUUUAUUAAGACUUUUAAUGGAACAUUUAAAUACUUCAACUAGUUGGGAUCAAAUGGAAGCUAUUUUAUUUAUUAUCAGUUCUUUCAUAAAUAAUAUUGUGGAAAGUGAAAAGAUGGUUGUUCCAACACUUUUGGAUGCAAUUCUUAAAUUACCUUUGUCUGGUACCCAUAAGCAAUUGCUUAAAACAAGUGCACAAUUAUUGGGUAAUCUUCAAGAUUGGUUAAUAGCACAAACAAUUUCAGCACCAUCACAAGGAGAUUCUGAUUAUAUGGUUAGAACUUUUGAAUGGUUUUGUACACUUUUUGGAUUUGCUGAUGGUUGUAUGGCUUUAACAGUUGCUGAAAGCUUGGAAUUUUUAGUAGAACGGGGAUGUGGAGAAAUACAAAAACGAUCAUUACAUGAGCGAUAUUUAAAUAUUCUUUCUGGUUUAAUUUUGAGCGUUGAAAAGUCUCAAGGAAAGGCUCAAGAAAUGGAAAAAGCUGCUCAACAUUUGCUUAAAGCUUCAACUUAUUUAAUUAAUGAUUUGCCUUCUCCUCAACUUUGUUCUUUUCUUGAACUUCUUUCUAUAAAUUCUAAUUCUAUUCCUCCUGAUCCUCAAACUUCACCAAUUUCUACUACAACAAGUAACAAAGAAAAUAUUAGUGAUGCUUGGCAAACAUUUUCAACUGAUCCAAUUUUAUGGUUGGAUAGACUUUCUUCUGUUUGGAGAAUUCUCAAACCUUGGGAAAUUCAAUUAGAAUAUAAAAAAGGAAGUCAAAAACAAGAAUGUCCUUGGUUGCCUCUCUGCACAAGAGUCGUUCAAUGUACACUUGUUACAUUGCAGCAACAACAGGAAAAACAACGAGUUAUUGAGCAUUGUUGCAGAACUAUCCGUUUUUUAAUUCGUUCAAUGGGUCAACAAUCAAUUGUAUUUAUUGAACCUUUGGCUAAUCAAAUAAUUCUUGUCUAUGGACGUUUCCCUCAUUCGUGCCUUCUCUAUUUAGCUAGUAUACUUGUGGAUGAGUAUGGUAAUUUGGAAUUUGUACAGCCAGGAAUGCUCUCAAUGCUUGAAAAUUUGGCUACACGCGCACUUUUGUUACUUUCUUCUGUCCCUAAUGGUUUUGAAAUGAAUCCAGAUACAGUUGAUGACCUUUAUCGGUUAGUAGUUCGGUUUGUUCAGCGUUCUCCUUCUUCCGUUUUUUCCCACCAAAUAUCUGCUCAUCUUCUCCAGAAUGCUAUAAACGGGCUUAAUAUUUGUCAAGUAGAUGCUAAUCGAUCGCUAAGUAAAUUUAUAAUGGAAGUUAUUGAUGUUGCUGCUGGGAAAAGAAAAGAGACUUCCAUCCAAGUUGCUGAUGUUCAACGUGUAAAACAAUUAUUAUUGUCUUUAUGUCCACAAAUUAUGUUAUCAGCUGUUUCUGCUGCACUUUUUCAUUUAUCUACUUUAUUGAGUAAAGAAAUGGCUGAAAUUAUGUUUGGAUUAAUACAAUUAGAUAAACAAAAAGCAGAAGAAUGGUUAAAUUUUACUUGUUCACAAAUUCCUCAUGAUGGAGGGAAUAGUGCUACACCUGAACAACUUUUAGACUUUCGAACACGUGUACUAAGUGCUGUAAGAUCUUAUGACGUUAUUUUGGCUUUACGUGACUUGAGGAAAUUUUAUGCUUGA